AUGGAGAUACAACCAGACUGCAUCAUUAGCUCUGAAAGCUUCCACAAGUAUGGACUUGACGAACGCCGUCGAACCUCUAAAGAAAGAGUUCAAGACUUCCUGGAUCGAGGUCUCAUGAGCCCAGUUGUCAUUUACCAGAGGUUUACAGAGAAGCUAUCCGAGAGACUUACUAGUUUCAAACGGUCGGAUCAACCCGCCAUAAUAGAAGACAUCAGACAGUCAUUCCGCCGACUAUGCGACCCAAAGAACGGAUAUCUCUCUGAGGCGAUGUUCAAGCGCGUGGUUGCGGAGAGGCUCUCCGAAUUUGGAGUCAAUGAAUCGCCGAACGCACCCGCGCUGCUGUUCAAAGUCUGCAGCUCACAUGCAUUCUACCCCUUUACAGCAUCAGAAAGCGGCUCAGAACAGGCCGGGAUCGAUGAGGAUGCUUUUGUGCGCGCAGUUUGUCUACUGACGUUGAGUCCUGUCGAACGACACGGCACCCAAGUUCCGGGGACUGUGCAUCGCUAUUAUUCAGGAAACUGGGGGCCACAUGGUGGUUGGUAUAUUGCCAUCCGCGGUAAAGGCGCCAGCGACUUCCGCAGACGGUUGUUCCGAAGCCUUGCUCUGCCUGCCAGCUCUGGCAGCAGCACCGGCUAUGACACAAAAAUAACGGUCCCUCGGUUCAUAUGGUUCGAAUCCAGAAAAGAAGAAACUGAUUCUGGGCCUGAACCCGAUCAGCAGGUCGUUGUCGCAGAGGACGAGAGCGAGCUAUCGAUCGACAUUGUAGACGUCCUUUCAGAGUGCCCGCCCGAAGCAGAUACGCUGACCGCAAAUCCUUUUCGCGAAAGCUACCGUAUCAUCCUGCCAUCGCUGCCAAAACUGACUGGCGACUUAUCUAUGCUUUUCAUCCCUAGGAUAGAACUUGUGGCUUUGUUAAAGCUAGUCCACCAAGUACAGGGGGAAAGCUCAGUGGAUUCAGCAGCGGCGAUCAGAGGGCUAGGUAAGGAGGAGAAAAUCGGCUGGGAGAGGUUCGACUUUGCAAUAUCGGAACAAUCCGAAUGUAUUGCAGAUGGUCUUUCGAAGAUCUUUAGCGCCUUCUCAACCGCCUAA